AUGGGCAAGGACAAGGUCGAGAAGAAGGACCGUGCUGAGAAGAAGGAGAAGCGCGCGGACAAGGACGGUGUGCACAAGGUCAAGAAGGAGAAGAAAGAGAAGAAGGAUAAGACUACUCUUGUCGAUGCAGUAGAGAAGGAGAUUGUCUCCGAGCCCAUGGAGGGUCUCGAGCAGACCGCUGUUGUCAAGAGUGAGGUCGACGCCGUUGUCCCCAUUGGCGCCCUCGUGCCGUUCGCCCACCCAUUGGUUGAGGACAAGCAGGCCAAGAAGGUUUUGAAGAGUGUCAAGAAGGCUGCCGUCAACAAGUCUCUCAAGCGUGGUGUCAAGGAAGUCGUCAAGGCUCUCCGCAAGUCUCCCAUCCCCGCUGCCAAUGCUGCCAUCGGUGUCCCUAGCGGUGUCGUCGUUCUCGCUGCCGAUAUCUCCCCCAUGGAUGUUAUCUCCCACAUUCCCGUUCUGUGCGAGGACCACGGAAUUCCCUACGUCUUUGUCACCUCCCGUGCUGAGCUUGGUGCUUCCGCUGCCACCAAGCGCCCUACCAGUGUGGUCAUGGUUACCCCCAAGGCUGCCAAGGGCAAGAAGGAGGAUGAUGAGGAGUUCACCAAGGUCUUCGAGGAGCUUGCUGGCUUGGCCCAGAAGGAGAUCAAGAAGCUGACAGUCUAA